AUGAUCAACGUGGACAUGGGCGACAAGAGAGCCCUGGACCUGCCCUACGCCCCCGGCUUCGCGCCCGGCGCRCCGCCCGCCCGCAACCAGACCUUCACCUACAUGGGCAAGUUCUCCAUCGACCCGCAGUACCCCGGCGCCGGCUGCUACCCCGAGGGCAUCAUCAACAUCGUGAGCGCGGGGAUCCUGCAGGGGGUCAGCACGCCCAACUCCUCCUCCGCUGCCGCCGCCGCCGCCUCCUCCGCCGCCUCCUCCGCCUCCGCCUCGGCCACCGCCGCCUCCGCCGCCUCCCCCAGCGCGCUGCCCGGGGCCCUGGGCUGCCCCAUGGCGCAGGGCCAGCCGGCCGACCUGGAGCACCUCUACUCGCCGCCGCCGCCGCCCUACUCGGGCUGCGGGGAGCUCUACGCGCAGGACCCCUCCUCGGCCUUCCUGCCGGCGGCGGGCGCGGGGGCGCUGCCCUUCCCGCCGCCGCCCUCCUACCCCUCGCCCAAGGCGGCGGCGCCCGACGGUGGGCUCUUCACCAUGAUCCCCGAGUACGGCGGCUUCUUCCCGCCGCCGCAGUGCCAGCGGGAGCUGCACGCCGAGCGCAAGCCCUUCCCCUGCCCCCUCGACUCGCUGCGCGUCCCGCCGCCCCUCACGCCGCUCUCCACCAUCCGCAACUUCACCAUGGGGGCACCAGCGGCGGGCUCGGCGCCCGGCGCUGCCCCGGGCGGCGGCGGCGGCGGCGGGGAGGGCGCGCGGCUGCCCGGCGGCGCCUACAGCCCGCACCACCUGCCGCUGCGCCCCAUCCUGCGGCCCCGCAAGUACCCGAACAGGCCGAGCAAGACGCCGGUGCACGAGCGGCCCUACCCGUGCCCCGCCGAGGGCUGCGACCGCCGCUUCUCGCGCUCCGACGAGCUCACCCGGCACAUCCGCAUCCACACGGGCCACAAGCCCUUCCAGUGCCGCAUCUGCAUGCGCAACUUCAGCCGCAGCGACCACCUCACCACGCACAUCCGCACUGCGCGGAGGCCGCAGCAGCCUCCGGGCAGCUCCCCAGAGCGAGUCCUGGCGCUCGGGCAGAGCUGGCUCUUCCCUGCGGAGCGGCCGCCCGGAAAGCUGCUCGUUUUGUGCCUGGAGAUGCAUGCUCGGAGCUCAAGAGCCGGGCCGAGCCCUGCUCCAGGAAGGAGCCCUUCGGGACCGCUGCGUGAUGGGCAGGCUGAGCUUGGGCCCCUGCUGCCGGUGCAGGGCCCGGGAUGGCCUUGCCGCUGUGAGGCCACGGCCAUCCCCGGCCUACAGUCGCAGUACGGCGCGUGCCCAGAUCUCGCCUGCUCGGUAGACAGAGGCUAA